UGCAGCUAUUGCCGCCGCUGCACCGCUUCCGCCAAUACUGUCGCCGCCGCCGCUGCUUCUCCGCGUGAUUCUUCCGCUGCUGCUCCGCAUUCCGCCGCCAUCGACGCUUCUCAACAAUGUCACAAGUUUCAAUUUUCAAUGAAAAUAAUGAAAAGAUCACAAUAAGUUUUACAUCAGAUGAGGAAUUAGAAAAUAUGCAGUUAGAGAAUAAGAUCGCAGUGGCAUUUGGGUUUAUUGAUGAAAUUGAAGGGCCAAAGAUAGUUGGCACUAUUGGCACAAGAUUCUGGAAAUUAUUGAAAUUUAUUUUAAAUAAUAAUAGCCAACAUCGUAUAUCGGUUUUAGCAUGGGACGAAAACGUUGAUCGUAUAGAACAUCUUAUACAGUUGAAUCAAGUUGUACGUGUUAUAGGUGCAAAUGCUAGAAUACGAUCAAAUAAAUAUUCUAUAGAUUAUAAUAUAGGAAAUCUUCCAUAUGAACUUAUUGUUUAUGAUCAUACUGUAAUAGAGAACCUGGGUCCAUUUGAAAGAACCUAAUUUAACCGUUAAUUGAAUCGGUUCAACCGGCAGUCGUUUCCCAAUGUAUCCGAGUACUUAAAUUUGUGCAUUCGUAUGUAUGUGAUAUUAAUGGUUUUUUUGUUAUAUAAAUAUAUUUAAAUUUGUAAGUAAAUAUUUUUUGAAGUAACUAUGUGUGCAAUUUGCAUUAAUAUUAAAUUGAUAAUUAACAAUAAUAUGUAUAUAAAAUGCGGGUACGCCAAGUUUUUGCUUCAUAUAUACUAUGAUCUCAUUGAUCAUUUUAGUCACUUUGAGGAUGUACUGGCGCUAAUAUUCUAACAUUGACAAUACUUUGAAAAUUUAAUAAAUUGAUUCUAUUUAUUACCUUAA